UUCACCUCUUCUCCCUUCCCCCACCUUCUCUUCUUAUCUCCCUUGACACCCAUCCACCCCCUUCUCCCUACUGAGACCAAGGUAGAAAACUAGCUAAGCUUAGCUAAAAAUCACCAUCGAGCCAUGUCGAACCCUGCGACAUCGCUGCCACCGGGUUUCCGGUUCCACCCGACCGACGAGGAGCUCAUCCUCCACUACCUCAAGAACCGAGCAGCUUCUUUUCCAUGCCCAGUUUCUAUCAUCGCAGAAGUCGAUAUCUACAAGUUUAAUCCAUGGGAUCUCCCUGCCAAAGCGAUGUUUGGGGACAAGGAGUGGUAUUUCUUUAGCCCGAGGGAUCGCAAGUACCCGAACGGCAUUCGGCCAAACAGGGCAGCUGCGUCGGGCUACUGGAAGGCCACCGGAACUGAUAAGCCGAUCAUUUCUAGCAAAGGGAAUCAGAACAUUGGGGUGAAGAAGGCCCUUGUGUUCUACCAGGGAAGACCUCCCAAGGGUGUGAAGACUGAUUGGAUCAUGCAUGAGUACCGGCUCGCCGAUGCCCACAACAACAAUAUUUACAGACCUAUGAAGCUUAGAGACACUUCCAUGAGGCUGGAUGACUGGGUCCUUUGCCGAAUCUACAAGAAGAGCAACCACACCUUGUCGAUGGAUCGUCAACAAGAGGACAUAUCUGUGGAGGAUGUCUUCAUGCCAAGCCUAACAAACACCACACCACAAAACAACCCUCCCCACCUUCCCAAGUCUUGCUCUUUGACCGACCUCCUCGAAAAUGUGGACUUCUCUGCACUAUCUCAACUCCUGGAGAACACUGCUGAUAUCCCAAGUUUUCAACAAGAUCAAGUUGUUCAUCCGAGUUCAGACCAGCCAUUCAUCAAUAACAGCAGCAGCAGCAAUCGCAGCAACAUUUUCAUUCCACAGCUCUCCCAAACAGAGUCCCCUGUUUUGCCAGCUGAGAAUGGUCUGAAACGCGAGCGAGCAAUUGACAGUUGCUUAGAAGACGGCGGCAAACUUUCUCGCCCAUCGAAGAGGCUCCUUAAUUCAAGCAUUUUUACCAACUUCGCCGGCCAGUUUGAUAGCCCUCAGUACAAUUUGUUAGGCCAUCCUUUCUUCAAUCAGCAAUUGCUAUUGAACUCUAACUUCAACUUGCGGUGACCUCACAGUUGUCAGCUGAAUGAAGCAAGAACAUGGAAGCUUUAAUGAUUAGUGAUAUUGCCCUUAUUUUGUAUAGGCUUAUAUGAUUCAGAUAAUACAUAUUUAGAGAGAGAAAAUUGUGAACUCAGAUGGUGUCAAAAUGAAGAUGCCAUUGAGUGUAAGUUAGAAAAGCUACAAAAUUCUUGAAGACCAUGUAAUUGGCUGAGUUAGAGGAGUGGGUCUGUCCAUAUUCUAUGUGGUUUGAAAUGAAAACUUUAGUUAUCACCUUCUUCAAUAA